AUGACAGCGGCGUACUAUGGAGCCGGGAAGCAUCUCAGCGCUAUUGCUGAUGAAGACUAUGUUCCAAUGUUAAAGUCCAUCUACUCGACUCGGAUACUGUAUGUGAUAGGAAUCAUGUUUGUCAAGCUCUCCUUGCUCUGGUUCUAUCUCCGGCUUGAUCGUCGCGGAUACAUGAAAUGGGCAGUAUAUGUCUUGACAUUUGUGGUGUUGGGGUUGUCAAUUGCCAGUGGCUUGGUUCUCGCCUUUUCCUGUUUCCCGCCUGCCAAGUUCUGGGACCUAACUGGGGCUGUUGUCGGACACUGCAUGUCGCCUACCUCCCAGCAAACCUUUUAUGAGGCUAAUGGUGUCCUCAAUAUUGUGACCGACAUACUGAUCUACCUAACUCCGAUUCCUAUGUUGUGGAAGGUGCAAAUGCCUUUGCGCAAAAAGCUUGCUCUCAUGGGAGUCUUUGGAAUUGGAGUUCUCGCUCUUGCCGCCGGUUGCGUGCGAUAUGCCUAUGUCAAGCUGCUAGCUGGUACCAAAGACCAGUACUAUGAGCUCGCUGAUUCCUUGAACUGGUGCGGUAUUGAGAUUUACGUUGGUUAG